GAUGUGAGAAAGUGGGGUCUACUGGUGUGGGGGCGUACCGGUGUGGGGCGUACCGGUGUGGGCGGGUGUGGGGCGUACCGGUGUGGGCGUACCGGUGUGGGGCGUACCGGUGUGGGGCGUACCGGUGUGAUGCCUACCGGUGUGGGGCCUACCGGUGUGGGGCGUACCGGUGUGGGGCCGUACCGGUGUGAUGCCUACCGGUGUGGGGCCUACCGGUGUGGGGUCUACCGGUGUGGGGUCUACCGGUGUGGGGUCUACCGGUGUGGGGUCUACCGGUGUGGGGCCUACCGGUGUGGGGCCUACCGGUGUGGGGCCUACCGGUGUGGGGUCUACCGGUGUGGGGCCUACCGGUGUGGGGCCUACCGGUGUGGGGUCUACCGGUGUGGGGCCUACCGGUGUGGGGUCUACCGGUGUGGGGCCCACCGGUGUGGGGUCUACCGGUGUGGGGCCUACCGGUGUGGGGCCUACCGGUGUGGGGCCUACCGAUGUGGGGCCUACCGGUGUGGGGCCUACCGGUGUGGGGCCUACUGGUGUGGGGCCUACUGGUGUGGAGUCUACCGGUGUGGGGCGUACCAGCUUGUGUGA